CGCUCGCACUUUGUGUCGCGCAUAUAUUUUAAUUAGUCAGCGCUGCUAAUAAUAAUAAUACAUAUGUAUUUCCGCAUAUACUAGAGUUUAUCAUACGCGACGUGGUGAGGGCGUCAAAGAGUGCGAGACAACAAGCAAAACAAUGUCAAAUGAAAGCAAACAAGUGUCGAUAGGCCACGAGGCCGAACCAACAACGACAGCUCAGCCGAUGGACGUGCGCAUCAAUAUGCCCUGGGGAUAUGUGGUGGGUCGUUGGUAUGGCAAUCGACAGGUACGCCCGAUACUCGCUCUGCACGGCUGGCUGGACAAUUUGGGCACUUGGAACGAGCUGCUGCCGCUGCUGCCCGCACACCUGGGCGUGCUUUGCAUUGACCUGCCCGGCCAUGGCUACUCGUCCAAGCUGCCCGAGGGUAUUGCCUACCAUUUUGUGGACUACCUGUGCGUUAUCUUGCGCAUUAUGGAGGAGUAUCAUUGGCAAAAGGUCUCGCUCAUGGCGCACUCGAUGAGCGCCAUGUUGUGCUUCAUCUUCGCCUCGCUCUAUCCGCAUCGCCUGGACAUGCUGAUCAGCAUAGAUAUAGUGCGCACACGCUACCGCAAGCCGCCCUCACAGAUCGAUUACCUGCGCACCAAUAUCGAGCGCUAUAUGGUGGAGGACGAGCGCUUUGCCAAUGCCAAGCGCCAGGAGCCGCCCUCCUACACCUGGUCCGAGCUCGAACAUCUGCAGCACAAAGGCUCCGAGCACUCUGUAGCCCUGGAGAACUGCCACCACAUCCUCGAGCGCAAUGUAGCCAAGUCAACCAAGUAUCCAGACAAAUACUUCUUCUCGCGCGAUGCUCGUUGCAAAUAUUACUUUGAGUUCCACACCAGUCCGCCCUUUGCUGCGGAGCUGGCGCGCACCAUACGCAAUGUGCCCUACUGCGUCAUCAAGGGCUCCGAGUCGAACUUCAUUGACGGCGAAAGCCAGGAAGUGAUUGAUAUACUGCGCUCCAAUAAUCCACACUUUGAGCUGCAUGAGGUGCAUGGCACGCAUCAUGUGCAUCUGAAUAAUGCGCAGGGCGUGGCUGAAAUUAUAAAUCCCUUUAUCAUGCGCCAUAGACCGCCGCAGUUGGAGAACUGGUCAGUGGAUGAGGCGGAUGGCGAGUUGCCCGAAGUGGUGCAGCAGUUCGCUUUAGCGGUGGAGGAUUCACAGAAUGUCAAGCGCAGAAAGAGAAAAAGUAACCUUUAGCUGUUGCACGCAUCUCUGAGUCUCGGACUAGCAACAGCGCGAUGCGAUUCAAUGAAUUAACUAGCUAAAAAUGCCGAACCCUUAAGCUUAAUAUUUGACUGUACAUGGGAACCUAAAGUUGUGCAAAUUGGUUCUCCAUUUAAAGUGUAUUAAAAAGUUGGCUGCACUUACUUUAAAUUUACUUCAGCCUGCGUUACUUUUUUUUA